AUGGCACCCCGCCAGGGUGGCUAUCUCCGCGUUCCGGGACAGGAAAACGACUUUUCCCGCCAGCAGCCUCGCCGCAGCCGUUCCGGUUCCGCCGGCCGGAGGCAGAAGGCCUUGCCCAGCGAGAAGCCUCUCCCGGCCCUCCCGCCGCCGACACCCACGUCCGGAGCCGCCUUUGUCGACAUUGAUCUCCACGGCGAUGGCUCUCACAACUCGCCCAGCAGCCGUCGUCGAGCCACCAUCGCCAUCGCGCUCGCGCUGGCGUUCGUGGGAUGUAUGCUCGCCUUCGUAGUCCUGGGCUUCGCCUGGGACAACGGCGGCGUGAGACGGGGCCCGAACGCGUUGGACGGCUUGAAGAACCUAGACGACUGCCCGUGCAGACAGGACGAUGACGUGCCGCAGUACUUCAGGACGAGCCCGGAGUUGUGGGCUGGCCCGACGGCGACUGGUAGACCUGCUUUCAUGGCGCAGACGAGAGUCAUCCCUACAGGCACCUUUGUGCCAAAUGCGCCGCUACAGACGGACAUCCCUAUCGAGGGGAUGGGAAGCAAGAAUGAGAGCAUUUUCAACAUGAUGGGCUAUCUUACGCCGUAUCAACCGAGUCCUGGCUUUGGUGUCGAGGAAUACGCGCUGCCAGAAGGGGCCGAUAUUGUCCAAGUUCAGAUGCUCUCUCGCCACGGAUCUAGAUAUCCCACCAUGGGAUCCAAUGUAGCCGAUUUUGGGCAGCGCAUCGCAAAGGCUGGCAACAAGUUGAAUGCCAAGGGUGCUUUGAAGUUUUUGAACAACUGGAGGUAUCAGUUGGGACACGAGAUCCUGGUCCCAAAAGGGCGUCAAGAGCUGUUUGACUCCGGUAUCCUACACUCGUACAUGUAUUCAUCGCUGUAUAAUCCGAACAGCAAGAUCAUUGUGCGAACAACUACGCAAGACAGGAUGCUCAAGUCGGCCGAGUACUGGCUGGCCGGCUUCUUUGGUCUUGAAUGGACAAACAAUGCUACUAUUGAGGUCAUCAUCGAACAAGACAGGGCAAACAAUUCGCUCGCCGGUUACUUGAACUGCCCCAACGCCCGCAAGCAGAAUGGAGGCGACGAUGCUGCCAAGGUUUGGAUCUCAAACUACCUGGCCAAUGCUACUGCUCGAUUGAAAGAUCUGGCGGAUGGAUAUGACUGGACCAUUGAUGACACGUACGCGGCUCAGACCAUGUGCCCAUACGAGACGGUGGCCUACGGCUUCAGCGUCUUUUGCGAUUUGUUCACGUAUGAGGAGUGGGUUGGCUUCUCCUACUCUGUUGACCUCAUGUUUGCCGGCAACAACGCGUUCCAGAACCCCACAGGUCGUGCCGUAGGUAUCGGCUAUCAACAGGAAGUCAUUGCCCGCCUCCAGAACCACACUCUGGGUUACUCUGGGUCUCAGAUCAACGUGACAUUGGACAACAACACGGUCACGUUCCCUCUCAACCAGAGCCUCUACUUUGACUUCUCCCACGACACCAACAUCGCCUCUAUCCUAACGGCGUUUGGUCUGAAGCAAUUCGCCCAACUCCUUCAGCCGACGGAGUACCCGGGCCAGCACAACUUCACCGUCUCGCAUAUCACGCCGUUUGGCGCCCGGCUCGACAUCGAGGUCAUCAAGACGCCCAAGCCUUUCAAGGCCGAUCGUUCCGGAUACGAAAAGGACGGCGGGGAGACAAAAUAUAUUCACUUUGUUCUGAACCAAAGGACCGUGCCUUUGGGUUGGAGUUUUCCCGAUUGCGAUGUCACGAGAUUAGACGGCUGGUGCGAGCUCGAGACGUUCUUGAGCGUUCAGCAGGAUAUGCCUGAGCUGGCGGCCUAUGAUAGGGCCUGUCAUGGGGAUAUUGAGACUGUGCCGUACGGGACGGUGUAUGAUGGUAGGCCCAUGUGA